GUAUGUACCCAACAGACGGCGGCGUGCGAAGCAGUAGCAGCUAGAAAGUGUUGUAAACGUUCUACGGUCAGUCAUCAAGGAUAUUUCAGCAUGAAAGGCUUCCUAAGUGUAACCGUGGUAUUCGCAGCCCUUGUUUUUGCACAAGGGGGUGUACUCGUUCAAGACGCACCCGCUUGUCCAAAUCCAGAAGGAGUGCACGCUUAUCCGCAUCCAGAAUCGUGUAAUUUGUUCUUCUUAUGCACUAAUGGAACCCUAACGGUUGAGCAGUGCGAAAACGGUUUGCUUUUCGAUGGAAAAGGUUCGAUACACAAUCACUGUAACUACAACUGGGCGGCCCAGUGUGGAGAACGCAAAGCAGAUUUAACUCCAAUCAGCACCCCCGGCUGCGAGUACCAAUUUGGUUUGUAUCCAGACACACCAGAGUGUUCCGUCCAUUAUAUCAAAUGCGUCCAUGGCGAGCCCUUACCACACCAAUGCGAACCUGGUCUAGUCUACGAUGAUAAAAUUCACGGAUGCAACUGGCCCGAUUUACUCAUCGAAAAAUGCAACCCCGAAGCCGUUGUCGGAUUUAAAUGCCCAACUAAGGUGCCAUCCCAUACCGCCGCAGCUCGUUUCUGGCCAUACCCGCGAUUUUCCGUUCCCGGCGACUGCCAUCGUUACAUCACCUGCGUCAACGGAUUUCCACGUCUCAUCGGAUGCGGAGACGGCACGCUUUUCGACGAAACAACCCUAACGUGCGAGGAACCCGAAGUAGUAGCGCAAUGCGCUGGAAACCACCUCCGAAAAUAAAUCGUUUUUCAUUUACACAACUUUCUCCUUUUCGGCAAUUGAAUAGUUUAUAAAUUUUUUAUGUACAGUAAUAAAACAAUAACUUAUUUCCA